AAUGGACUGGGCUGUGGAAACUCAAAUCCAGUGAAGACAAUCAUUGAAGACAUUCAUCUUUAAGGGGAAGAAAACUGAUAUUUCUUGGAAACAUACUAGAAGAAGCAUAUAUUUAAACUGAGGUCAAUAUAUUGGACUACUCCCUUUUUCCCCUAUUCUAAAAUUUCAGUAGAACUGCAACUUGGCUUCAAACCUUUACACCAGGAGGUAACUAGGAGUGAUUAGUCAUUGCAUUUUAAGGACAUCAACACACCAAGAGAAGCCCCCAGGGAACUCAGCGUGUUGGUGGUGGGUGUGGUGGUGAGUCAGUCACCUGUGCAGCUGUCGCAAAUGAUUCAUUUUUUUGUGAAGUUACCAACUCUGAUUUUUUAAUCUACAAAGACCAAUUUCAGGAGGAAAUAGGUCCAAUAUGAAGGACGUGUCAUUUGUGGAUUGGCUCUUUGUCUGGUUGGCCAUGAACUCUCUUGUGAGGGCCACCGGGGAGACAUCCGACUGCCCAAAGCUCUGUGUAUGUGAAAUCAGACCAUGGUUUUCUCCAAGUUCAGUGUACAUGGAAGUGCUAACAGUUGACUGCAAUGAUUUGGGACUAUUUAGUCUCCCAGAGAGAUUACCACUGGGUACACAAGUAUUGCUACUUCAAACAAACAACGUUGUUAAAAUUGAAAAGCCUUUGGAUUACCUGGCCAAUAUCACAGAGAUUGAUUUAUCGCAAAACAAUCUAUCUUCCAUCAGUGACAUCCAUUUGGGCAAUCUCUCUCAGCUGGUAUCCCUUCAUAUGGAGGAGAACUGGAUACAGGAGCUACCUGAACAAUGUCUGUCAGAUGUGGCUAACCUUCAGGAGCUCUACAUGAAUCACAACCUCAUAUCUUUCAUUUCUCCGUUGGCUUUCCAUGGCCUCAGCAACCUUGUACGACUCCACCUCAAUUCUAACAAGCUGAAGAUAAUUAAAAGAGAAUGGUUUGACCCCAUGCCAAAUCUAGAGAUUCUAAUGAUUGGCGAGAAUCCUGUUCUUUCUAUUGACGACAUGAACUUUAAACCUCUUAGUAACCUUCGCAGUCUCGUUCUUACCAGAAUGAACUUGUCUCAACUUCCUGACAAUGCACUGGCUGGCCUCGACAACUUGGAGAGCAUUUCAUUCUAUGAUAAUAUUUUUGCUGAAGUGCCACAUUCAGCUUUAAGAAAUGUAAACAAUCUGAAGUUUUUGGAUCUAAAUAAAAACCCAAUUUCAAGAAUACAGAGAGGGGAUUUUGUUGAUAUGCUCCAUCUGAAAGAACUGGGGAUUAAUAGCAUGCCAGAGCUAGUUUCCAUUGACAGCUUUGCUCUUAAUAACCUCCCAGAGCUUACUAAAAUUGAAGCUACCAACAAUCCUAAACUCUCCUACAUCCACCCUAAUGCUUUCUCCAAACUACCACGCCUGGAAACGCUCAUGUUAAAUGGCAACGCUCUCACUGCCCUCCACAGGAUAACUGUCGAAUCACUCCCAAAUCUCAGAGAGGUCAGCAUGCACAGCAACCCCAUUCGCUGUGACUGUGUAGUCCGCUGGAUGAACAUGAAUAAAACCAACAUUCGCUUCAUGGAGCCUGAUUCACUGUACUGUGUAGAACCUCCGGAAUAUGAAGGUCAACAUGUUCGUCAGGUUCAUUUCAGAGAGAUGAUGGAGAUUUGUCUGCCCUUAAUCUCACCCGAAAGCAUGCCAGGGCAUAUUAAAGCAAAGAAUGGGAGCUCUGUGUCACUCCAUUGUCGGGCCUUUGCUGAACCAGAGCCUGACAUCUACUGGAUUACCCCAUCUGGUAGCAGGGUCCUACCCAACACUAUGUCUGACAAAUUUUACAUGCACCCAGAAGGAACAUUUGACAUCUACGAUUUAACCGAAAACGAAGCUGGUGUUUAUACAUGCGUUGCUCAUAAUCUGGUUGGAGCUGACCUUAAAUCCGUCUCAGUAGAGGUGAAUGGAUAUUUUCCCCAACCUGCAAAAGGAUCACUCAAUCUUGUGGUUAAAUCAGUGGGGGCAAACUCCAUUCUGGUUUCCUGGAACGGUUCUACAGGCACAUUGGCCCCCAACAUUAAAUGGUACUCCGUAACAGAAGUUAACCAUCCCAUCUCUGCAUUCACUACCAGGGUUCCUUCAGAUAUCCAAGUCUACAACCUCACUCAUCUCAACCCUGCCACUCAAUACAGAGUAUGUGUGGAUAUCUGCACCAUCCACUACAACCGUGACACCAAAUGUGUCAAUGUCACCACUAAGGGAUUAGAUCUGGCAGCCAAGGACACAGAAAAAUGGGAUGCCGCUCUAAUCACUGUCUUUGGAGCGCUCUUGGCUGUGAUUUCUGUGGCCUGUCUGCUUUUUUAUGCGUCUCUGAGGAACCACCACAAUUAUGGGAAUAUAAGGAAAUGGGACUCCAAAGCUUUGCUUACACCAGUGGAAGCUACUGAUCUGCACUCUUCUUUUUUCACAAACCUGUGGGAAUCAGGUAAGGGGCUGCCAAGUGGAGUGGAAGUUAAAGCCACCGUCAUAAAUGUAUCUGAUAAUGCCUUUUAGGGAGCCCAGCUGUGUAGAGCACCUCACAUCAACUACAGUAAAUGGACAAGGCCUUAAGCAGGGAUGAACACAGUUGGACUGGUUUCAAAGGGCAUAGCUGUGGCUGAUCCCCAGCUCAGAUAACACUGGAAAAAUUAUAUUUUUUGGCAGUGAUGGAACACUUAACUAGACUACAUGUCAUCCUGGCUGAAGUGGUGGCUUUGUAAACGUUAUAUUGAACCAAGCUUUCAUAAACGGGAAGUCUUUACUGCAAAAAUAUACUCUAAAGUACCAUUCAUCCAGAGAUGCAGGAAGAAAACCGAACACAAAGAAGAGGAUGGAGGUCUGCUCUCUUGUAAUUGACUGUUAAAUGUGUUCAGAGUUGUGGAACUGUUCGUGUGGUCCCAAGCAAUACCGUCUGUGCUUUGUCGAACAUCCAUAGACGAGUUAGAGAACCAAUAACACCACCUGUCUAUUACGGGGAAGGAGAUUUAGUAGAGUAGACGAAUAACAGUGACUAUGGUGUAAGCCUUUUGAUGAACUAUAUUCCCUUUUUCUAUUUAAAGAUGGAUUCCUGAUUUUUUUUCUUUUCUUUUGGAAAUAUUGUUAUAUUCUGUUGAUGUAAUGACAAAUCCUCUGUACGUGAAAAGUUUAAAUGGGUUUUAAAUUGCGGAGAGAAGCAGACUAGUUUUGAUUACAGCGUCACAUUAAGCUUAAUGAAAUUCAGCUACAAAAUGGAUGUCUAGAGAGAAGAUUUACCAACUGGCUCUUUAUGCUUUGUAGUUCUCAUUAUAACGAUGACUGGAGAAAAAGCAAAAUAUGGGAUACAUUUUACUAAAACUAAUAGAAGAGGUUGAUUAAAACUGAGGUAAGUGAUGUGAUAUCUGUUCGAGAAGUGGUUUGUUAUACUCUGGUAAGUGCCUACAACAAGAACUACACAAGGAAAGCAAGAAAAGGAUCCGAGGAAAGUCGUCGGCCACAGCGAAACGUCAUCACCGCAGAACCACAAGCUAUACUCCCAACACGUUUAGUGGAAAUACUUUCUCAGUAUUUUUAGCAUACAUAUUUUAAGAAAACAUUUUGGUAUUGCUUUGGGUGUAAAGUUAAAAGCCAUUUUUAUAACUGUAUUAUAUGUGAUCAAUGGGCACAACAGACUAAUCCAGAAAAGCGCUACGAAAAAAAUAAAUGUUUCUUUUACAA